AGUAAAACGGGCCUUCGGGAUUGGACCGAUGACGGGCUGGGUGGGAAGAGAGUUAGUUAAACGGGCCUUCGGGAUUGGACCAAUGACGGGCUGGGUGGGAAGAGAGUUAGUUAAACGGGCCUUCGGGAUUGGACCGAUGACGGGCUGGGUGGGAAGAGAGUUAGUUAAACGGGCCUUCGGGAUUGGACCAAUGACGGGCUGGGUGGGAAGAGAGUUAGUUAAACGGGCCUUCGGGAUUGGACCGAUGACGGGCUGGGUGGGAGGAGUUAGUUAAACGGGCCUUCUGAUUGGACACAAUACAGGAUGGGGUGGGAGGAGUUAAAAACCAAAACAGGAAGUUGAUUUAUCCAGAACCAGUGUACAGUAGAUUCUAAAGUAAAUAACCAAUAACCAAUCACAAACCAGAUGCCAUCUGAGGACAGGAAGCAGAAUAACCAAUCACGAACCAGAUGCCAUCUGAGGACAGGAAGCAGAAUAUUUAGUAUAUUUUGUUGACAUUGAAACAGGGAAAAACUAAAUAAAAUACGAAGUUGAAAUGUG